AGAUGUCUUCAACGAAUGCAUAUACUUUGCCUGAACUCGUUGACCUUGCUCUGAGAACGCCAGAAGUGGGAGCGGUCAACUUUAAUAUCCUGCGCAUAGUGCUGCUGUCUCUUAUAUCAGAUACGGGUCUCAGUCAGAGAAAGGUUUACUGGGAGGUACUGUCUGCCAGCGCAAUCACCAAGAGCCUCUUUGGCGAAAAAGAUAAAAUCGAGAGGAAGGCUGGUGCCAAAGGCACGGAUAGUCCUACUUCCGAUGAUACGCAAGAAGAGGAAGAUGAGCCAGAAGUGACCACCAAGGGAGCUCAAGUGGGCCUCGGUCUCGCUCAAUUAUUUGAAGCGAAGAAAUUAUCCAGCAAACUCGAAGCCAUCGAAGAAGAGUUGGGAGCGCUGGUAGAUGCUGUGGAUGAACUAAGAGUAAAGAUAACGGAAACAACCAAGAAAGUGAAAUACGAAGAAGGCCAGAAAAGAAUUCGAAGAGAGGAAGCGGGAGACUUGGAUCGAGAUGAAUUCGAAGAUGCUCUGGAAGAAAUAGGAGAAGCAAUCGGACGCCUUGCCAUAAAAUUCCAGGAACAAGCGGAUAAGUCUCAGGCUGCUUCAGAAAAGUUCCUCGAGGAGCUGUCCUCGAGAGUGAUAGAGGAGAAAAUGGACAAGCUCGAGAAACCAAUAAACCAGAGGCUGGAAAACAUGGCCUUGAUGAUUGCGCAAUUGCAACGCUUCAUCGCAGACGCUGUCUGUCCAGAUGCUGCAGGUGUCACUAAAUGUAUGACGUGCGGUCGCAGAGCGAAUUUGGCAUACAGCGACUACAUUUCCGGUACCUGCCGAGCCCACCACAGAAAGAAAAAAUCCCCGAAACCAAGAUCACCAUUCAAGAAAGAAGGAAAAAAGCCACAUCAGCUCGUUUUCACGGAUUUAUCGCUCAAUAAACUGAAGAAAGAGACGGAAGAAGCCACUCAAGUGAUACUGCUGCAAGAUGACAACCGGCAUGCUGAUGAUCCCACAGCAAAGGAUGUAUUGGAAGGGCGCCGCUGGAUGACGGAAUCCCAAUACGAUGCAGAUAACAGCGUUGCAUUUUUUGCUCCGUUGAGAGUAAUUCCACCUGAUAUGAGGAGGAGAAAUGUGAUAAUGGCUGAUAUACGAUCGCCUGGACAAACGAUCUCGUUGUCGGUUGCUAGUGGAACUCCAAGAUGGAAGCCGUCAAGAUCCCAUCGAAGAGACGAUGGCCUUGGACGGCAGUCUUAAGGAAGAGAAGAGUUUUAGAAUAUAAUCAUUUCACUUCGUAACUGUUUUGUCCCUUUCAGGAAUUAUGUUAUCUUUAUUUUCUGUUUUAAGGUAUAAUAGUUAGUUUCUAUAUAUAAGCACAUAGUUUUAUUUCCAUAUCACAUGAAAUGGUUCAAUGGAAAAUGAAUAAAAAUACUUUUUACAUCAUUGUAGGGUUUCUAUGUUUAAUGUUAUGUUAUUAUUUUUAUCUUCACUCUA